AUGGACGUUGUUGACGGAGUUAUAAGCAGUUUUAGUUAUGGCUUCUACACACCACAUGAGAUAAGAUCGCUCUCCGUACUCGAAAUUACGUCUGAUGCGAUCUUUGACAGUAUAACAAAUCGCGGAGUUGACGGUGGCCUUCAUGACAUGGUUCUGGGUCCAUGCAGCGAAAAGGACGUAUGUGCACAUUGUGGCUUGGGGUUUUUGCAUUGUCCUGGCCACAUUGGUCACAUUGAAUUCUCCAAACCAGUGUAUAAUCCUCUUCUAUUUGACCUUGUUGUGCGCGUAAGUAUUUAUGUUUCCAUAACUAACGGACUAGAUCUUCUUCUUCCGAGCAAGCCAAAGCCGUCGGAAAUUAGUGAUCUUAAGAGUCUUACCCCUUCGGAGUUACGGAGGGUCGCUAUUCGUUCCAUGUCUACUCGUCGACGCAUUCCAUGCAGAAAUUGUACUUCUAAGGCAUGGGUGCUAAAGCACGUGAACCACCAACAAAUUGUAAUGAGGCCCGUGUCCGACAUUCGAAACUCAAGACAUGUUGCCGUUUCCAAAUAUAAUAUUGGGGAUAAUGACCCAAACUACGAACCUGGUGAGCUGGAAAGUUGGGCCCAAAUCGAAGCGCAGCUCCUGGGGGACAAGUAUACCUCCAGACCAGUGGUUUCAUUCGAGAGCGAGGGUGUUGUUAAUGAUGGCAUUGAAUUUAGCGAUUUGGCUGAAUCUGUUCGCGAAAGAUUAAUGGAACUGUCAUCAAGUUCUCAAAAAGAGGCAUUUUCUUCCCCAGGUAAUAGUGAUAACCACAGCUCUCCAAAUUUCUAG